UCUCUCUCUCUUCACUUCACUGUUCUUUUGUUUUGUUUUACUUGCCUCUCUCUCCCUCCAUCCUCUGAUGCUGAUGGCGUAACACAAGAAGCAGCCCGCGUUGCUCUCGCAGCAGUGUCUGUCUCAUUAAUCACGUCUCAUCUCCAACUUCUCUCCUUUCCUUUCCUCUUUACAAGUCAAAGCUCACUAAGUACAACUAAAAUUGAAAACCAAAACCCCUCCCAACAACUCCCACUUCUCUCUCUGUUCAUCUGCAUCUCCCCAAUGAAUUGCUAACUAAUAACCAAUUCCUCCAAAUGUCCGUUCAGUUUCACCAUCUUCUCUUCUUCCUCAUCCUAACUUUCUUCCCAUCGUUACCACUUGCUCAAGACAGUAACGUAUCAUGUCCUUUAAACUUCACCAUCCUGCGCCCGAUCCUCUCCAACCCCAACAGGCUCCGACAAAUGAACACCUCCAUGGAGUGCCACUACAUUCGCCAGGGCCUCCGCCUCGUCCUCUCCGACUACCUUAGACGCACCGGAUCAUUCUUUCCACCCUUAAACUCCUCCGAGUCUUGUUGGCAAUCUUACCAAUCCCUCGUCCCAAACUUCGACAUCCGUUCCUCGUGCGGUUUCGAAACCGCUUGGAUCUCCCAAGGUUGCAUGAACCUAGCCACAAAGUCCGAAUUCGAAGGUUUGAUCCCAAACACUACCUUGGCUGACGUCGUUUCAAACUGUAACCAGUCUUUGCAGGGUUCCGCUUGUGCUUCCUGUACUAGAAGCUUAGCCACUGUGCAAGCUUUGUACUUGCCGGACAAUUCAACUGCAAACGUGUCCGACUGUACGGCCUACCCGUCUAUUUAUGCAGCUGCUGUUGCUAAUUACUUGGGACCGACUGAUGAAGGUACGGCCUCUUGUUUGUUUUCAUUUGAUCUUAGUGAUAAUAGUACUGGCAAGAGUAAGAAAAAAGGUGUGAUUUUGGGUGUUUCAAUCGGGGUUGGUAUCGGUUUAGCCGUUUUGAUUGGUGGGUCUUGGUUUGUUUAUAGGAAAUAUCAGGAUGCUAAGAGGAGAAAAAGGAGGGACAAAAUUAGGAAUCUUGAGAUGGGUAGUUUGGGUGGUUCUGGGUUGGGUUCAAUUAGUGAAAGUACUAAUUUGAUUAAGUUUACAUUUGACGAGAUUAAGAAAGCUACUAGGAAUUUCUCUAGAGAUAACAUUAUCGGAAGAGGUGGUUAUGGCAAUGUGUACAAGGGUUACUUGCCUGAUGGCUCUGAGGUUGCUUUGAAACGGUUCAAGAAUUGUUCUGCUACCGGUGAUGCCAAUUUUACGCAUGAAGUUGAGGUUAUUGCUAGUGUUAGGCAUGUGAAUCUUGUUGCUUUAAGGGGAUAUUGUACAGCUACAACUCCAUUAGAGGGUCAUCAGAGGAUAAUUGUUUGUGAUUUAAUGAAGAAUGGGAGUUUGCAUGAUCAUUUGUUUGGUUCCAUGGAAGGAAGACUUAGUUGGCCUAUUCGGCAAAAGAUUGCACUAGGGACAGCUAGGGGACUGGCUUAUUUGCAUUAUGGGGCACAACCUGCAAUCAUUCAUAGGGAUAUCAAAGCGAGUAAUAUACUUUUGGAUGAGAUGUUUGAGGCCAAGGUAGCAGAUUUUGGACUUGCAAAGUUUGCACCUGAGGGAAUGACACAUUUGAGCACUAGGGUAGCUGGGACAAUGGGAUAUGUAGCCCCUGAGUAUGCGUUGUAUGGGCAAUUGACUGAGAGGAGUGAUGUGUAUAGCUUUGGUGUAGUGCUUCUUGAGCUGUUGAGUGGAAAGAAAGCGCUUACGAUGAGUGAGGAGAACCAACCUUCUCUAGUUGCUGAUUGGGCAUGGUCGUUGGUGAAGGAUGAGAGAACUUUGGAUGUUAUUGAAGAUGGCAUGCCAGAGUUGGGGCCACCAGAAGUUCUGGAGAAGUAUGUGUUGAUUGCUGUCCUUUGCUCUCAUCCAGAGUUACUAUGCCGGCCAUCCAUGGAUCAGGUUGUGAAAAUGUUGGAAACAGACAUUUCAGUCCCCUCAAUCCCUGAACGCCCAAUUCCUCUGGUAGCGCUUAUUGAUGACAUUGAAAGAUCUAUAAGCAGUAACGGCUCAGGUCAGCUCUCCAGUCCUGCUGGCUAUCAGAUGUUUACACAUGAAAGUAGCCAUCAUUCAGGAAGUAAGGAGGAAGGGACAAGUUCAGGCUCUUAAACAGAAGGUUUAUAUAAGCACAUCCUAACAUGAUAGGAUCAUUGAGCUCUCCAAUGGUGCUUCCCCUGAUUGGCAAGAUUGUGCGGCAUGUUGUAGAACUCAUGCAGCUCAUACUGGAGUAAGCUUCGCUAGAAAGUGGGUGAUGCUGCUAUGGCACGUUCUUUGUAUGCUCAAUCAACAGAGAACAGUGAUAUCUAAAGCUUUCACUUAAGAAUUGUGCAUCUUGAGAUAGAGGUAAGUAGAGUGAACCAAUUGCGGUUGGUAGGAGCUGGGUUUCAUAUGGAAUGAGGAUACCUCUUAAUAGACCAGGAGGAAUAGCUUGAGGAUUACUGAAGAUAGUUGGCUGGAACCUAUGGGAAAGGGUAUGAGAACUGAGAAGCGUGCGAGAUGGUGAGGUGUAGUUGUUCUUCCACACUGUCUGAUUCUAGAGUAGACCAACAAUAUUGUGAAGCACCUCUCUUAAACCUGAAUUCAAAUGUUCUUAUGAAAUCUGUUUGCAGCAGUUAUUGUAGAUAUUAUGUUGCUUAGGGUGUUAACAGAAUGAAGAAAGUGUGCCUCGGGAUGUAGUAAUCACUGUGAAUUUUGUUGUGUAAAGAAAAAAGAUCUCUGAAAGGAGAUGAAUUACCAUGAGAUAUUGUGCUAUUUAAUAUGGAAUCUCAUUUUUGUGAUGAGCUGCUCCUAGUCCAAGCAA